AAAAAAAAAAAAAAAAAGUCUUCGCAGAUACAGUCAUUAUGAUGGAAGGAGUCUUGCAGCUCUUUAGCGCUUGGGGUGCCUUUGGCCUUAUGGGAACUGCUCUCCUAGGCUUUUCAAUCUUCUUCACGUUAUACUACUCGGAUAUACAGGAUCGAGAGCCAUUUGCUAUGCUGGUCACAAUCCUUGCCCUCACACUUUGUUUAAGCACUGUAGCUCUCUUCCCUGUCGACAUCUUCCUAGUCUCCCGAGUUAUGGAUCCUUUGACUGGAUUGAGAAAUGAAUGGGCGACUGAUGAAGCAAUCAACUAUAUUCAGAUGUCGGUCAAGAUUAUCUACUAUAUUGCUUAUGGUCUCAUUGCUGGUUUCUGCUUUUUCUGGAUCCCAUUUGCUUAUUUCUAUUUUGAAGAAUUAGCAGAUGAAAGUCAGACGCUGAUCAAACGCCUGUGGGUCUCUUUUCGAUACACGAUCUUUUUUGUCAUCGUCGCAUGUACGCUCUUAUUGACAGGACUGCUGAUGGGUCCUGAUCGCCAUGAAGGCAUCGAUCUCGACUUGUUACGGAAGUUGUUGACAGAUCUCGACGGAGCGGGUGCAAUGGCUUUCGUGACAGGUGUCCUUGCACUCGCUGGAAUGAUCAUCUUGGUACUCUACACUGCCCCAGGGCUGUCCCUUCUACCGCUCCAUCUUCUUGCUGGGUCGAAAGCGCUUCCAAGUGCACAUACCAGCGAUUUUCAUGUCCAAUUGGCCGUUAACCGUGAACGCCAGCAUGCAAUCCUGAGACAAUACAGUCCGCGUCGGCACUUUGGUGGUGGUGGUGGCGCUCAUCAGGGAAUGUCAGAGCGGGAUCGACAGGCAAUGAGCGAACUAGCACAGGAAGAAUUGCUGUUGGAGCACCGAACCCGGCAUAUUCAACGGUUGAGGGAUAGCUGUUUUCACCGUUGCCAUUUCAUUAUAAGGCCUGUUCAGAUCCUGUUAGGGCUGUUGGGAGCAGUCUUAUCAUUCCUUUUGAUCGGAUCCAUUGCUUCGACAAGUAUUGGUCAAACCAACGACGACAUCUGUGGUGCGCCAUGUGGAUAUAUUUUCAGCGCCAGGGAUAUGCCCAAUCCACUCAACUUUGCGCUUCUAAAGCUAUCACCGUAUUUCCCAGUUGAUUAUGUUAUGAUCGUGAUGAUUAUUCUUUACAUUUUCUGCACAACAGCCAAAGGCCUUAUUUCUCUCGGCAUUCGGAUCCUCUGGGUAAACUUAUACAAGUUUCGUCGACAUGCCACGCCGCCACAGGGCUUGCUAGCUGGUACCAUGCUACUGAUGCUCAGCCUUGCUGGUCUCAGUUACUCAUUAACCAUGUCUGUCGCGCCUGAGUACUCCAUGUUUGGCAGCCAAAAAUAUUGCAACUACACCAUCCCUGAUACGGGUGUCCGCGACUGCUCUUCUCAAGUCUCUCUCAUUAUUCCAUGUCACAUAGGUGCGCCUUCAGGAUUAUGUGUCCCGACUGUGACGUCUGUGACCAUACUCAAGAUCAUAUUGGCUACCCCUUCACUCGGUGUCGGCUUCUUUUAUUUGCAAUGGUCCUUUCUGGCAAUGUUUUUGCUGGCCCUCAUUUAUAAUUUGAUCCGAGGAUGUGUCAAUGGAUUUGGAGUCGAUCCCUUGGAUGAGGGCGAGGAUGGUGAGGAGGAUUUGGAAGAUAUGGAGACAAGACGCCUAUUGCAAGGGAACUUUGAAUCUGACGAUGCAAGGCGUCGGACGAAACGGAGAGGACUCUUGGCAGUUGAUAAGGAUGACCAGACACCGAAGCGGCAGGGCUAUCAUGAAACAGAUCAGGACCAAGGACAAGGACAAGGACAAGGACAAGGGCUAUAUAGACAGCAAGGGCAGUAUGAUCGCCAAGGUUAUUCCCAAAAUCCCAGAGCAUACUAUGGCACUGUGGGAGGCGCACGCAGAUGAUCCACUCGACAGGAUCGUGUACAUAGCUUUACUCUCUUUUUUUUUAACUUUUUUUUCAAUAUUUAUAUAUAUAUAUAUAUAUAUAUAAAGGAUAGUGAUAUUUGGA